UCUGAAUGUUUGUGAGUGGGAGAAGCGAGUAUCAUCAUUUAUCACUCUGUUUUCAGUCUCCAGCACUACUUUGUUAUAUAUAUUAAUUAUUUUUAGUGUUAAUUGCUUCCUUCAAUCUCGAUAACUUCAAAGAUUCUCCAGUAACUUUUUCAUGUUCUCCUGUCGCUCUCUAUCUUGAUUUGUGACUCCGGAAUACCAAUACAAGGUUGGCUGAAGAAUCUUUGGAGUGAAGAUCCCAAAUGGCGGCGUUUUUAGUUGAAUGGUGUUAGAGAAGCAGUUCCAGGAGUAUAUGGUGCAGAAUAUUCAUUUGUUCUUAAAGUGCAAUCUGGUGACCCGUCUAAUUGAACUGGAAUUUUUUAGCGUAUUGGGUUGGAUUCUAUGUUAGAUUUUUUUUCUGGGCUCUCGCCUCAUGGUUGGGGAUGAUGAGGUUGUAACCGAGCUAAAGCUGAAGUGAACGAGAUUGAUCUGGCUUUGAUUUAAUGGCAUCCAUUAGAAGAACCUUGUCGCCUGUCCCUAGGCAGGGGACAUUACUAAAUGCGGAAGCCUGUUCAGUUGCUUCUCCCCUGUCGAAGUCCUCAACAUGUGCUCAAAACUACCCUGUAUCUGGUGGAGGAUUAUCUUCUCUCCUUGGUUUCAACGAUUCUCAUGCUUUGUUUCUCGGGGUUUCAUCACCAAAAUCUUCUAGGCCACUUGAAAGAUCAAAACCAAAAGCUCAUGUUUGGAGAAGAGCUUUAUUCCAUUUCUUCCUUUGUUUCACAGUUGGUGUCUUCAUUGGACUAAUCACAUUAGCCUUCCAGGAUUUUUCGAUGAAUUCAAUCUCAAAGCAUCAAGCUUUCUCCUUUGGGGUGGUAUCAACUGCUGGUAAAUUGCACACACAUAAAGGUAUCACUAUAGAUGGAAUGUCACUGGUGGACAAUGGAGAUGUCAUGAAGGACAACACAACUGAGCCCCAAGUGAAGGAACGGGAAUUGAUGUCUGGUGUUUAUGAAGAUAUCUCCAUUAAUGUGUCAUCUCCUCAAAAUACACCUAUUGUGUUCCAGAAGCUUUUGAUAAUUGUGACCCCAACAUAUGCUAGACCAUUUCAUGCCUAUUAUUUGCAUCGUUUAGCAUACACGUUAAAACGAGUCCAGCCUCCUCUGUUGUGGAUAGUUGUUGAGAUGACUACCCAGUCAGUGGAAACAGCUGACAUCCUAAGAAGAUCUGGUGUAAUGUAUAGGCAUCUUAUUUGCAAAAAGAACCUGACUGAUAUGGAAGACAGGAGCAGUCACCAGAGAAAUACAGCACUCAAUCACAUUGAAACUCAUCGUCUUGAUGGGAUUGUCUACUUUGCAGAUGAUGAUAAUACAUACUCUGUUGAUCUUUUUCAGGAGCUGAGACAAAUCAGGCGUUUUGGGACAUGGACUGUAGCGAAGUUGAACAAAAAGGAAAACAAAAUUGUUAUAGAGGGCCCUGUUUGUAAUGGAACUAAGGUCAUUGGAUGGCACACAAAUGAACCAAGUACUCCAAGAUUUAGGAGAUUCCAUGCUGAAAUGUCCGGGUUCGCCUUCAAUAGUACCAUUCUUUGGGAUCCAAAGCGGUGGCGUCGACCCACAAUUGAAGCUAUUAGACAACCUGGCACAGUUAAAGAAGAGUAUAAAGUUUGUAUCCAACUCAUCUUGUCUGUCUUUACAUGACUAAUUCAGUGAACCUCAUAACGAUAGAAUUCACCCUUUCUCUAUUCCUCGUAGCAAAUGUAACUAACUAUCUAAAGGUAUAUGUAUCUGUAUCAAAUUGUCCAUUAUC